GUUUACUCUGACGUCACGAAUAUGAUACAUGCGCACUACGGUCAAAUCAAGCAAGAUGUCGGACGAGGACGAUUUUAUGUGCGACGAUGAGGAGGAGUAUGAUUUGGAAUAUUCAGAAGAUAGCAAUUCUGAACCAGAUGUUGAUCUAGAAAAUCAGUACUACAACUCGAAAGCACUAAAGGAAGAUGAUCCUCAAGCUGCAUUAGAAAGUUUCCAGAAGGUGCUGGAAUUAGAAGGCAAAGAAAAGGGAGAAUGGGGAUUCAAGGCACUUAAACAGAUGAUCAAAAUCAAUUUCAAAUUGGGUAAUUUUCCAGAGAUGAUGAACAGAUACAAACAGUUACUUUUAUAUAUCAAGUCAGCAGUCACAAGGAAUUACUCAGAAAAGUCUAUUAAUUCAAUAUUAGACUAUAUUUCCACAUCUAAACAGAUGGAAUUACUACAAAACUUUUAUGAAACAACUCUAGAUGCUCUAAAAGAAGCUAAAAAUGACAGACUGUGGUUUAAGACAAACACAAAACUUGGCAAACUAUAUUUUGACAGAGAAGAGUAUGGAAAAUUGCAGAAAAUUUUGAAGCAGUUACAUCAGUCAUGUCAGACAGAUGAGGGAGAGGAUGAUCUGAAGAAAGGCACUCAAUUACUUGAGAUCUAUGCGUUAGAGAUCCAGAUGUAUACAGCACAGAAAAAUAACAAAAAAUUAAAGGCCUUAUAUGAACAGUCCUUACACAUCAAAUCUGCCAUACCACAUCCAUUAAUUAUGGGGGUGAUAAGAGAAUGUGGUGGAAAGAUGCAUCUACGUGAAGGAGAGUAUGAAAAAGCACAUACAGAUUUCUUUGAGGCAUUCAAAAAUUAUGAUGAAUCUGGAAGUCCAAGGAGGACCACCUGCCUUAAGUAUCUGGUUCUUGCCAACAUGCUGAUGAAAUCAGGGAUCAACCCAUUUGACUCACAGGAGGCAAAACCUUACAAGAAUGACCCAGAAAUUUUAGCUAUGACUAAUUUAGUGAGUGCAUACCAGAAUAAUGAUAUAAAUGAAUUUGAGAAGAUUCUGAAAACAAAUAGGAAAAAUAUCAUGGAAGAUCCAUUCAUUCGAGAACACAUAGAAGAUUUACUGCGAAAUAUCCGAACUCAGGUGCUGAUCAAGCUCAUCAAACCAUACACAAGGAUCCAUAUUCCGUUUAUUUCCAAAGAACUCAACAUAGAUGUGACUGAAGUGGAAAACCUUUUAGUAUCAUGUAUUUUAGACAGUACAAUUCAUGGAAGGAUAGAUCAAGUGAAUCAAGUGCUUGAACUGAGUCGAGAAGCACAAGGGACAGCGCGUUAUAGUGCACUGGACAAAUGGACAGAACAAUUGCAAUCAUUACACCAAGCAGUAGUAAACAAAAUGGCAUAGGUAUGACACACUAAAAUUAACAUGUUCUCCAUUCAUCACUGAUGCAGUGGAUUUUGAAUAGGAACUGCUUUGCCUCAUUGUGUGACUAUCUUUUGUUCAAAGUGGGUGCUCAAUACACGCUGGAACAAACAGUGAGCCAUGAAGUAGAUUUCCUAUUGCUCAUAAUUUGAUAACCCACUGAAGACACUAGAAUGACAGUAUAUGGACACACUAUGCAAAGAAAAGAUAGAGCAAACUGAAAAAAGAAAUACCGUUAGUAAAAAUAUUGAAUUUAACAUUGUCAAAAUAGUGUUGGUUGGCUGUUCAGUUUGUUCUCAUCCAAGUGAACAGCAGUUAGCUUGUUUUUAAAACCACCCCAACUUUGUGCAUGCUCACUGAUAUAACAUGCUGUUGGAAAGAAACACCAUAAGCUUAAACUAUUCUGUUAACUUCGUUGUAAACAUUUUCAUUGAAAGCCUGCAGUGAACUCUGGAGAAUGCAUUCUUCCCGUUCUGCAUAUGUUAAUGUUAUCUUGUUAAAGUACAUGAUUUGGACAGAUAAAUAUUAAUAGAGGUUUGUGGAUGACCCGUGGGAAUAGGAAGUGAACAGUAUGCUCUCACUAAGUUUGAAUUGAGAAAGAAGCUUCCUGGUCUUUCAGUUGAAUUAAUGCCAUGUUUUGCAUAAAAAAAUUGACGUCAAUGUUUACUAAUAUUCAUGUAGUGGACUUUACAUGGCCAUUUUGUACAAAAAGCUGAAAGUAAAUGAUCAUGCUAUAAUAUCUUUAAGUUUCUUAAAAUAAUACUGAA